AUGCUUCCGCCUGCGCUUCACCAGUGUGCCAAAAUGCAAUCCAUGUGGAUGCCGGACGAAGAACGCGCGACCAUCGAAGGCAGCCGACGUCGGCUUGAUGAAAACAAGAAAGGCGCGGUUGCGGCGCUUACGAGGUCAAGGAAGACGACCCUAGCAUCCAAGAGGCUUAUCUGCUCUCCUCACUCUGAACAGUCACCUCACCUCAUUUCCCCUCACUUUCAUUUCGUCGUCGCUGGCGUCAGCAAUACAACAUCUAAUGUCUUCGUCAAUAUCAUCACCAAUACAUCCACUCCCUCGACGCAUGUCGUCGUACACAAGCAGUCCAUCGCCUUCAUCAUCGGGCCCCUACCUCUCAGUAUCAUCUGGAAAUGCCAUCUUUGUGAACUCGAGAUAUCCUCGUCCACAAACUCGGAGACUCCUACUUCUGGCUCUGGCUCUGGUGAAGACUCGGGCGCUUGCAGUCAAAGCAGCCAUGGAGAGAAGGGAGCCUCUCCAAGACUUUCUCAGCGCUCUGCAAGCACAGGCGCUCUUACAACUCUCGGCAAUGAUAGCCUGCGCCCACCAGGCUGGAAACGUGCAUCUCGUAGAUCAGUUACGUUCGCUAGCUCAACAGAUGCAAAGCGCUUAUCCUACCCAUCCUCGACAUCUUCCAGACAAGAUUCUCUGACACUUGCAAGUAUCAUCUCAUUGAGCUUACCAGAAGACAACCAUCCUCAUGAUCGUGGUUCACAUCAACAGCGGCAGCCGUUUCCGUGCUAUCCACACCAAAUUCAUUCGCCACAUAUAUCAAGAUCGCACACGAUCCAUUUUCACCCAAGUUCACCUUCAGUACACUCGUUAUCUCCGGCCUCAUCUAUAUCUUCGCGGCCGCACUCCCGUCUCUCGUUCUCUCCUUCAUUAGCGGAGCAGACGAGUGCUCCGACUUCUUGUUCGAUAAGCCACACAGCUUCCGAAAAUAGCAUGCGUGCUAUUGGGUCGACAAAUGACAUUUUAAGCAAACCUGCUGAUAAGGGCGAAGUUGAUGAACGAAAAGAAAAUCGCUCGAACGAUAAGAAGAUACAUGGUCCGGAAAGUAUAAGGGGUGGUCACAUAGCCGUACGAAGACAUUCCUUACCGCCCACAGAGAAGCACGACUGGCUUACGGCACUUCCAACUCCUGUUUUUUCGCGAUCCGCACUCGGCACUCAAGGUAUCAUAAUGCCUGUUUCUGCUCGAGGACAGGGACCAAAUGGCGUGGUCCGUCGUAAUACGAAGCCUAGGACCGUGAACACAAGUGGGAAGAAAAAGUCGGAGGAAGCAGAGAUAAGUUAUAUGGAAAUAAAGAAGGAGCCGAACACGAGAGACAAAGGAACUGCGGGAUCGUCAUCGAAGCCCAACGGGACGAAACGUCCGGAAGCGAAGACAGACACAAAAUCGCGAUCAAGAACAACUUCGACCUUAAUGAGGGUAAUUCGUAGCCUUACCGGACACAAAAUUCCACGUCAGGCUCCAAUGCCCGCGGAAUACGAGGAACCGUCCACGAAGCGAAUUGCAUAUCCAAGCACGGACACAGACAAAGAGUUGGGUGUCAGCCACACUUCCAGUUCUAUUCGCUCUUCAACCUCUGUAUCGGACACCAUCUCUCAAGGUUCGACGUCUUCGACAAUCUGCCAACCGCCAGGUCCGGUUAUACAUUCGAAAGCAGAAGAUUCAGACAAUAAGCACAAGCUCAAAAAACCGGCUUCGUUCAUCAAUGUUUUCCGGCGCCUUCCUUUCUCUUUGCAACCCAUGUACCGGAAGGAAGUUGUUCAACCGACUACAGAACCUUCUCAUGUUAUCGCAAGGGAUGACAGGCGUACUUGA